GAAAUCCAAGGGAGAAGUAGAGUUUCCUGGGUCUGGGCUGAAGCGCACUUCUUUGAGCCUCGUAGCCAUGGGACGGGCAACGCUGCUGAGACAUGCGUCACUCUUGUCUUGCAACGAGAUAUCCUUCGAAGACAAGCUGGCACAAUUGCGGAAGGAGCUGGUGGAGAGGUACUUGAACAAGUAUGGCUUUCCAAGCAUCAACGAGCCACGAGAGGUUGCAGAGGGCAGCCGGGUUCGGAUGGAACCUCUUUGUGCUAUCCAUUUGGCAGCCAUGAAAGGUGACCCUGGUCUCUUGAAGCUGCUGCUAGUGGAGGGUGCUGAUCCAGACGAAACCUUCCAAGGUUACAAUGCUCUGGACAUCGCAGAAGCUGAAAAUCAGAAUGGAUCGCACCAUGACGUCAUUGAGGUCCUCAAAGAUGCUCUCAGGGUAAGGACCCUAAGACUCUGAGCACUGAGGCUACCGACGUCUUCGCAUUUUCCUCCUGCAUUUUGGCGAAUGGGGUUAAGGUUUCAAUUCAUGGAGUCAAUGGUAGAGCGGCGUUCGUAAGGACGGAUGCCGUUUGCCUCCAAAUUCUGGAAACAGGGAAGCCACAGGGAAGUGUUGCUUGAACCAUUCCUGCAUCCCAUACUCACAGGAGCUCCCAUGCAUCGUAAGGACGAUACAUCCAAGUGACUGACACAGGCUGUGCAGCAGAGUGUUGGACAUGUUGGAGCAGGUCUCCAACUUCACUUUUUGGAUCUUUUUGGGUCAUUCGUAAGGACGGAUGUCUCCAACUUCAUGCUUUUUCCCCAUUUGCAUUUAAAAUGUGGAUGGCCUCUGCAGAUAGAUGCAAACAAUGCCUCAAGUCUCUGCGCACAAAAA